AUGUCGUACGAUCGUACGGAGGUCUACGCAGCGCCGGUUUUAGCUGGCGAGGAAAUUGGUGAAAACGACAAUUCUGAGAUUAUCAAGUCCUUCCACAACUUCAUUUUGGAGUUCCGUCUGGACGCCCAUUUCGUGUAUCGAGAGCAGUUGAGAAGUAACCUCCUUUUGAAAAGAUACUGCAUAACGGUCGAUACAGCGCACCUGAUUGGCUACAAUGAAGAUCUUUACAAGAAACUGUGCGACGAACCCACAGAUGUGUUGCCGUUGUUUGAGCAUGCCGUGACACUGGUCGCAAAAAGAAUAGCACUUCUGUCCCGCGAUAUUACCUCCGACCCCAAUGGCUCGACAGAAAUGCCUGAAGACAACACUGCGAACAAUGGCUCUGAAGCAGCGGGCUCGGGUUUCGAAAUUCCUGUAUGCCAAGUAAUGAUAACGUCAGAUGCAUCUGAGAUAUCCUUGCGAGCACUGGGGUCCGAAAAUGUGUCCAAAUUUGUUCGUGUAAGUGGAAUCGUCGUCUCUGCUUCUGUGCUGUCCUCCAAGGCCACUUUUCUCACACUCAUGUGUAGAACCUGUCGACAUGUCACAACGUUACGCCUUAAUAGUUUUGGAUCGCUAGGUGGAGGCAGCGUAAGCCUUCCAAAAGUAUGUUUGGCUGAUCAUUCUCGCGAUGCUGGCGGUAAUCCAUGUGGUCAAGAUCCAUACAUGGUAGUGCACGAGUCUUCACGUUUUGUAGACCAGCAGUUUUUGAAAUUGCAAGAAAUUCCAGAGCUUGUUCCAGUAGGUGAAAUGCCUCGAAACAUUUUGAUGUCGGCUGAUCGUUACCUAACAAAUAAAAUAGUACCCGGCACAAGAGCCACCAUAGUUGGGGUCUACUCGAUCUACCAGGCCAAAAGCCGUGGUACAGGAACAGCUGCUAGCGGCGGGAGAGCUGUGGCUAUCAGAAAUCCAUACAUUAAAAUGUUGGGACUCAAGACAGCACUCGACGGGGGCUCUGCUAAUAGUGGAGCACAUUUUUCAGAGAAAGAAGAAGAAAGCUUCCUGGCUUUGAGCAGGCGUCCCGAUUUGUAUGAAGUUUUUUCGAGGUCUAUCGCUCCUAGCAUUUACGGUAACGAUGACAUCAAAAAGUCCAUUGUGUGUUUGCUAAUGGGGGGUUCUAAGAAACUUCUGCCAGACGGAAUGCGUCUUAGAGGUGACAUUAACGUGCUACUUUUAGGUGAUCCCGGUACUGCUAAAUCACAGCUACUGAAAUUUGUCGAGAAAGUAAGUCCCAUCGCAGUAUACACUUCUGGUAAAGGUUCAUCGGCCGCAGGUCUUACGGCAUCAGUUCAGCGUGAUCCUGCCACUCGCGAGUUCUAUCUCGAAGGUGGUGCUAUGGUUUUGGCUGAUGGUGGGGUCGUCUGUAUCGAUGAAUUCGACAAGAUGAGAGACGAAGAUCGAGUUGCUAUUCACGAAGCCAUGGAGCAACAGACCAUUUCCAUUGCGAAGGCCGGUAUCACCACGGUCUUGAACUCGAGGACCAGUGUUAUGGCCGCGGCGAACCCCAUUUACGGACGUUAUGAUGACUUAAAGUCUCCAGGAGAAAAUAUCGACUUUCAGUCCACCAUUCUCUCUCGUUUCGACAUGAUUUUCAUCGUUAAGGACCACCACAACGAAGAAAGAGAUAUCUCUAUUGCCAAUCAUGUUAUGAAUAUACAUACCGGGCGGGCAGCUGUCCAAGAGGGUGAAGAAGAACUUGUUGGUGCGGAGAUACCGAUCGACCAGAUGAAAAGAUAUAUCACUUACUGUCGCAUGAAAUGCGCGCCUAGGUUGUCGUCGCAAGCUGCCGAAAAGCUUUCAUCGCAUUUUGUCGGCAUUCGCAAGAAGUUACUUAUCAACGAGCUUCAGAGUGAGCAGCGCUCGUCUAUUCCAAUUACAGUUCGGCAGUUGGAGGCCAUCAUUCGUAUAUCUGAGUCACUUGCCAAGUUGGAACUUAGUCCCGUCGCUCACGAAAGACAUGUGGACGAAGCUAUUCGAUUAUUCCAAGCAUCCACGAUGGAUGCGGCCUCGCAGGACCCAAUCGGAGGUCUGGGCCAAAAUCCCGAUCAAGUUCAAGAUGUGAGACGUAUCGAAGAAGAGCUAAAGAGGCGUCUGCCCGUUGGCUGGUCCACGAGCUAUCAGACACUACGUCGUGAAUUUUGCGAGCAGAAAAACUAUUCCGCCCCAGCACUUGACAGAGCUCUCUAUAUUCUUGAGCGCCACGGGACUAUUCAAUUGCGUUAUCAAGGUCAAAAUAUAUACAGGAGCGGUGCUUAG